AUGGUAGGCAUGCCAGGGAGAUCUAAGGGCUGCCGUACCUGCAGGAGGCGCCAGUGUGAUCGCCAAGAGCCGAUAUGCGGACAAUGCAGGAAAGCUUGUAUCACUUGCGACGGUUACGAUCCCCCAUUUACAAUUCACUACUACAACGGGUUCAAGGAAAAGGCUCGAUCGUCACCUGAAAUUCCCGAUGAACCUCCAAAUGCAAGCUAUGGGGCGGCCUCGCAAGCUCUCUCCCGCACGGCAUAUGAAUCGGGAUUCGAAGACCUAUUUUGGGCCCGGUACUUACCAAAUGGUCAAAGCGCAACUUUGUUCGAUCUGACCUGGAGGUCUCUCGGUGGGUCCAUUAACGUUCUUCGUGAUUUGUUGCCGGGUAGCAGGCUACUGCGGACUGCCUUUGGUGCACUUGCUCUUCGUGCUGCAGCUCGCGAAACGAAUGCAGGUCAAGCUAUGAAAGAGCAUGGAAGUAGGCUACAUUCUACUGCCUUGCGUCAAAUGAAUAAAAUGCUGGGUCCCCGAAGCCGUAAUGGCGUGGAAGCUCUUGGAGCGGCGCGAAUAUUCAGCUUCUACGAGGCAUUAUUUGGAGAUGACUGGGAGUGUCAUGCAAUACAAUAUCGUACCUGGAAAGCUCAUCAAACAGGCGAUCUGGCUAUUGUUCUUUCAAGAGAUCCCUUGGUCUUCUCCACUGGAUCGGCGCACAGGCUGUUCGCUGAUGGCAGACUACACUAUGCUUUGAAUUCGAUGAGAGCACGACAAGAAACAGUCCUUUCUCAGCCCCGAUGGAUGACUGAGCCUUGGAUUCACUACUCGAAGACCCCGAAAGACUUAUUGAUCGAUAUCCUGUUGGAAAUCCCCUCUAUAUAUGUGGCGAUUGACAAAAUGAAUGCCGAGAUGGACCCUGACACCAAUAAACUUUACCUCGCGGACGUGCGAUCCAAAGUGCUUGAAAUUUCACAGAAUCUCGUCGACUGGGAAAUGAAGUUUGGUGCAAGCAACUUUAUCACUGAUUCCGAUUGGCAUUUCCCUCAGAGAACAGGUACCGAUGAAAUCGCUGUCGCUCAUGUGAAGUCAAUUUAUUGGGCUAUAUGCAUCCUCGUCUCCGAUGCUUUGCCAACCUCGCUCGCAGCUGAUGGCUGUGCACAUCAACUUGAACCCAAGAAAUGUUGCCAGAAUAUUAUACAUUGUAUGCCAUUAUUUCUGCAUCCCGCAUCUGGGAUAUUUCGUCAGCAUCUUAUUCCCUUUCCGCUCGUCACAGCAAUGUCAUAUUUGGUCUCGAGUGACACAUCAGGUCUGGAGGAUGAGAUCGAGUUCCUUGUGGGGUUAUAUAAAAGCCCGGACUUCUCAUCGAUGCGUCAUUUCAUAUCCAGCUUGAAGGAUGGUGCACUCUUGGCAAAAUCCGACAGGGUCUAA